AUGCCCGGGCCAAAGCUGUCACUCAGCAAAAGAUGUUUCAAAAGUUCAGAGGUACCUGACUUGGACGACGUUCACCUUGGCGUUGGUGGUCGGGAGCUACGUGGAGUCAUCUAUCUCUACACCACACGAAUGAAAAGCGCUGAAGCUCCCAAACAUGUGCUGGAUGACGCGAAGGACGAUGAAGACAGCACUGAGGAGCUGAGGUUGCCGGACUUCGUGCUGAAGUCAGCAAAGACGCCUAAGAAAGGGCCUAGUAAUGCCGUGGACGAAAAACUUGAGCGAAUGCUUGCCGAUAUGGAGAAAGAAGAAUGGUAUCACGGAUGUUUACCAUUGGAAGACAUCAUUGGACUUUUAAAAAAUAAUGGAGAUUUUUUAAUCCGAGAACUAGAACCAGAGGGAGAAAAAAUGGCAAUGGUAGCACUUACACAAAGUGUUGAUCCUGUUAAACGCGCAUGCGUGACUGUCAAAUGGGAAGACAAAGUUCAUGAUCAACCGGUGCAUUACACGAGACUCGGGAAAGACCAAACAUUCACUAUAGAUGGCCGCAAUAAAAAAAGUGACAUUAUGAGUUUAGUAAAAUUCCACUACUCCUCUAAAACACCUGUAAAUGGCGGUGCUCUACUACAACAACCUAUUUCGAAGCAACCAUGGGAGCUUACAAGUGACAAAAUUACAAUGAAUACGAAAAUUGGAUCAGGAACCUUUGGAGAGGUUUGGCAGGGUUCACUGUCCUGUGGACGUGACAAACCUCCAGUAGUAGUUGCCAUAAAAGUGAAAAAGGUUUGCGAUGAAAAUAAGGUAAAGCUCGAUGAAAUGUACAAAGAAGCUCGUCUAAUGCGGCAAUAUAAACACAAGAAUGUGGUAACGUUUUACGGGAUCGUGAACAAGAGUACAGAUAUCGCCAUGAUAGUAAUGGAGAUGGUUAACGGAGGUGCCCUGAAUGAUUAUUUGAAGAAAAAUAAGGACAUUUCCUCGAAAGUGAAGAUUGGAUUUGCCGCCGAUGUUGCACAUGGUUUGGUUUAUUUACAUUCGAAAGGGUGUAUGCAUAGGGAUAUUGCUUGCCGAAAUUGUCUCAUUGAUGUUGACAAGAAUGUGGUGAAAAUAACUGAUUUUGGACUUUCAAAACAAGCGGAGUCCUACAAAAUACCCGAUGAUGAACCCAUUCCUAUCAGAUGGCAAGCCCCUGAAGUGAUAGCGACAAGAAUUUACACGGUCAAGUGUGACGUUUACUCUUAUGGCAUCACCAUCUGGGAAGUGUUCAACAAUGGAGAGAUUCCGUUCACGGGAAUAGACAACAAAACUAUCAGGUCCAAGAUAUCCGACAACAAAUUUCGUCCUCCCAUCGAUUUUUCUGUACCAAUCGUUGUUCGGAGAGUGAUAAAGACGUGCUGGAGAGGAGAUCCCAAGAGAAGACCCACGAUGUCGCAAGCGGCUCGUUACCUGGUUGGCGCUCCUCCGGAGCUACUGGAACCGGGACGUCCAGCAAAAACACCGGCUUUGGACAAACAUGUUUCAUCUAAGGACAAGGUGAAGAUGAACUCCGGCGAAUCAGCAGAAGGCAAGAUACUGUGA